GACGUCACAGUAAGGUCUCUUGGUGGUCAAAAGUACACAACUAUCCAGAUCUAGUGUGAGGACGGAGAGUGAAAGACUGGAAAAAGUGAUAAUUUGUUCAAAGCUGUCGCGAAAAAGUGAAUUCACGGACGAGAUUGUGGAAAAAUGAACGUGAUUCCAUUAGAUGAACCAAGUGAACCGAGGUGCAGUAAUCUCAGCGUGCCUCUGUUCGGAUUUGAAAACAUUGAACACUGCCUCAGAAAACAUUUAGCCUAUUUAUCGCGCAAACAGUGGACGGCAUUAGCCACUGAUGACAUCACCUCGGAUGUCGUCAAUCUGCUGACUAAAAUGUGCCGAGUACUCAUAGAGGACAUUAGCAGCUUAGUGUUUAAAGUCGUACGCCCACAGGUUUUAUGCUGCCCACAUAAUCAUGAUCGUGGAGACAACGAAAGCUCCGAUGACCGGAUGAAUGUUGAACCUCUGGUUGAUGGGUGCAGUUACUGCAGGGUGACAGAGGAUGAUAUUCAGGCCAGCCUCAGAAACAUCUUUGAUAACUGUUUUGGUUGGGUCUUGGGUUUUGGGCAACGGCGGUCUCGUGACUCAGACAAACUACUGACUUUAUUUUCAGUGUCGAUUGCAAAGAAUGUAAACUCAGCCCUGAGUCGUAUCACAGGGUCCACAUCCUUGCAAUCAGAUAGGUCCAGAUCCCCAACAAACCUUGUUGGGAUGGUUUACAGUGUAGUCAACAUUUUAGAAGACUAUGCAAAGACCUUAGCUCCCCUUUCUGUAGAUGGUGAGAGUAGCAGCGACAGCAUUGUUGAAAUGCCAGAGUCUGAGGAAGAUAACGACUUUAAACCAGAGUCUGUAGAGACUUUUAAAAGCACACAGACUCAAGCUUGUGUAGGCAAGGAACGUUUGGUUAACAAGGGCCACAGUGAUACAUUUCAAAUCAUUGAUGUCCAAAAUCUUGACAGUGAGAGCUCAGAGAGUGAUGAAAAAUGUAGUGAUGCCCUGCAGUGUUCGUCUGGGACACUUCCUCGCCUACAGAGAUCGAUACCUUUCUCAAUUUGUGUCUUGCAAAUUUAG